AAUACACCAAGUAAAGGCAAAGAAUAGUAUACUUCAUAUUUUAUAUAACCCUAUGCAUAUAUAUAUACACACAUUAUCAUCAAACAAAUUAAACCUAUGUUUUAUUCACACAAUAUUGUACAAAAUAUUCUCUAAAUUAGCUUUCAAUCAAGUUUCCUAAAAUGUCUAGCUCUGAUUCAAGAGCAAAGAUGAUAAGCCCUUUGAUAGUAAAAGCUGGAAUCCCAGCUGCUCUUUCUAUUGCAGCUUAUGUUUGUGCAAGGAUCAUGUCGAAACAAUCUAGUAAUUUGAUACCAUCUCCAUCGGAUGAAGAAACUUAUCGUUAUGAUAGCCUUAAUCCAACAUAUGAUGAUCAAUAUAAUGAAGAUGAUUCAAGUUUGCAUGGUCAAGGUGUUAAUAGUAGUAGUAACUUAGAGGACAAGUUACUAGAGCUUGGAAUUCAUAUCGAAAAUCUUCAAAGGAGGGAAAGGGAUUUGAUGAGGCAAUUUGUUCGAUAUCGAGGUAUGAAGGAGAAAGAAUUUAUGUUGAUGGAGAUGAAGUCUAAGAUGAUGUUGGAAAAAGCUCGGGCCGAGUUCUUGCUAAAAGAGAUGUCAUUUGUACAAGAAGAGAGCCAAAGGAUUGGGAGUUUUAUUUUAGAGUACAUUAAAAUUGUGCAACAACUUGAAGAAUCUAAGAAGGAAAAUGGGUUGCUUGAGAUGAAAGCAAGGAAGUUGUGCAAAAGAGCAAGACAAAGAUUGAAGAUUAUAAGGGAAUUGAAGAUGAGGAUUCAAGCAAGGGAAGAAGAGGUGUUAAACAAUCAAGAAGAGAUUCAAAAAAAGGAUGAUCUUAUUCAAGAAUUAGAGGAUGAAAUUAAUCAAAUGAAAGAGGUUGUUGAUCAUUUACAAAGAGAGAAAAUUGAGGUCUCCAAUAAUCAGCUUGAAAUUGAUGAAAAUUUAUGUUCAUCAAAUCCAAAGAAUGUUGAGAUAGAAGGUGUACCAAAGGAGGAGCAUGAAAGGGUCUUACAAGAGAUAGAACAACUCCAAAAAGACCGAGAAGCCGAGGUAAGUGAAUUAACAUACCUAAAAUGGACCAAUGCAUGCUUAAGGAAUGAACUAUUAAGGUGCCAUGAGCUAAACAAAGGAGAAAAUGGGAAUCAAGCCGAGGAAAUCGAGUCAUUGGAAGAUCACCAUAGUGAAAUUGAUGAGAACUAUGGUUGCAAUAACAAAGCACUUUCGGUUCAUAAUGAUCAUGAGCUUUGUUUGAGUACUAAUAAUGGUCAUCCAUCAAGGAGGCGUCGAUUUAUUCGUAAGGUAAAGAAAUGGGUUGAAGGAGGAAAAAUGGAUGAAAAAGAAAAGGAUGAAGUUAAGUGUUUUGUUAAUAAGCUUUGUGUUUCUCAUGAGGAGGAGCAAGAUAACUUAUUUGUUCAUGAAAGAAUGUCUUACUCAAGUGUUUAGUUUUAAACAUUUCUCAUGAUGUAAUUUGUGUAUUGUUUAAAAUUAACUGUCAAUUCUAUGAAUGAUGUGAUCUUAUCAUACUCUAUAACAUCAAAAAGUGUGGUUUCAUGUAAAUUUGAUAAUUUCAAAUUAAUUUGCCCCUCCCCUUGGAAUUAACAAAGGGGGUUAUUUA